CAUAGAUGUAUGUACAUUUCAAAUCAACAAAACAAUGAAUGACAUAAAGUUUUCAAUUUUAUCCCUUUUACUGUUGGUAAAGCCUAUAUGUUUCAACUCAGAAAAUUCAUUUAAUAUUCGAUACCCAAGUCAUCCUUGACCUUUUUACUGUGUCAAGGUCCUACUUUGCUUAUAUGCUGCAAGAUUUUACUGUGAGCUUCUCUUUAAUUCCACAAAUGGAAGUUUUCUUGUAGUUGGACUUGGCUUUGAAUCAGAGUAGGAAUACAAGAAUGGCAAGAAAAAUGGGUGCAAUCAGACUAAUGCAGAUGAUAAGUGCUCUGUUUCUGGUUUUAGAUUCAUAUGGAGCAUGUGAGAAGCAGGUUGAAAAAGGGCCAUUUCACAUGUUUGCAAAGAAACAAGCUCUUUCCUCUCAAAUCUUCUCACAAAUGUUAGAAAAAGAUUAUAGGUUAUCUGUCCGAACGACUGAAUCUAUCACUAGCUUUGAAGAGAUUGGGAUGGAAACUAACUCAUACUUAUGGAAUGAUGUGGUGGUUUCUGUGGAUGACUUCGGUGCAGUGGGAGAUGGAAUCACAGAUGAUACCAAGGCUUUUGAGGAUGCUUGGCAGGAGGCAUGUUCGUCAGUGUUUGCAACCUUCUUUGUGCCUGAAGGAAAUAUGUACCUUCUCAAGCCCAUUAACUUCUCUGGCCCAUGCCAAUAUCCCUUAACUGUGCAGAUUUCUGGGACAAUAGUUGCACCAGAGGAUCCAAAUGUUUGGAUUGAGGCAAAUUAUUGGCUCCUCUUCAAUGAAGUAAAUAAUCUUGCAGUUGGUGGUGGAGGUAGAAUUGAUGGAAGAGGACAGAAAUGGUGGGCAGAGUCUUGCAAAAUCAAUAAAACAAAUCCAUGUACACCUGCUCCAACGGCAGUUACCUUUGAUUCAAUCAAAAAUCUUUGGGUCAGGAACUUAAGCAUGGAAAACAGUCCAAAAUUUCACCUUACAUUUCAAAAUUGUGCUGGAGUAGAAGCAAAUUAUCUAAGAGUCUCAGCACCUCAAUACAGUCCUAAUACUGAUGGCAUUCAUAUCAGUGCAUCCAGCUAUGUGAUGGUUACUGACUCCAUUAUUGGUACCGGGGAUGACUGCAUUUCCAUAGUAAGUGAAUCAUUUAAUGUUAUGAUUCAAAAUGUGACUUGUGGACCAGGCCAUGGAAUCAGCAUUGGGAGCUUGGGAAAGGGGAACUCAGGAGCAGAGGUGUCUUUUGUGGUGGUGGAUGGUGCAUAUAUCCAUGACACUACAAAUGGUCUGCGAAUCAAGACCUGGCAGGGUGGCUCUGGCUAUGCUCAGGGAAUCAGAUAUUCAAAUAUUUAUAUGGAAAAUGUCUCCAAUCCUAUCAUUAUUGAUCAAUACUACUGUGACUCUCCUGAGCGAUGCCCAAACCAGACUUCUGCAGUGAGAGUGAGUGAAGUUGGCUACUUCAAUAUCAGGGGAACAUCUGCAACAGAACAAGCUAUUAGAUUUGCAUGCAGUGAAAGUGUUCCUUGUGAGAACAUUAUUCUACAAAACAUUUAUCUCACUCUUACUUCUGGAGAUAGUGCAACAAGUUUUUGUGAAAAUGCCAUGGGGUUCAGCUUGGGCUUUGUGACUCCACCUCCAUGUUUUCAAUAUUAUAACCAACUUCAGAAAGAAGAAAUGAUUACACAAGUAAUGACCCAACAACCAAGAAAUGAACUUUAAUUUGUAAGCUGAAGAUUUAUUUUUAGAAUUGCUUUUUACUUGAACUAAGGCUUUAGAUACACAUCCUAGAAUUACAUUUACUAAGGGUUGGCAGAUGACAGCCAUGGCUGUGCAGUCUUUAACAGUAUCAGUUCUGCAACAAUUAUUCUCAAGCUCAAAUAAAUCAUACUUUGAAACUAAAUUUUAAUAAAACUUUUCUUUCUCA